GCAGUGUGGAAGAGAAGAGCGCAGAGCAACGUGCAGUACGAUGCGGGGGUUUCUCAACUCCGCGGCACUCGUCUCUUCUGAAGGAUAGGCUUUACCUAUCCCUUUGUAAAUUAUAUUUUUGUAGGAUUUUUAUAAUUUUUUCUUCCAACACUGUCUCCGGACCAAUAUUUUGCGUUCUGAUCGGAAUGGACGACUGCAGUUGAUUUCUCUGUCUCAACUAAAUGCCCGUGGCGUAGCGAAAUAGAGGCACUUUGAGUGAAGGACGCGUUGGUUUACUUACAAUCAUUCAACAGAUAAAAACCAUCCGCGGAUCAAAGUUGAUCUGGAUAUCUGCUUGCCUGGAUAGAACGCAACCAUGGCGGAUGCUGCAGCCGAAUACGGCGUGAAAGUAAUGUGCCGAUUCAGGCCACUAAAUGAAUCCGAAAUAACAAGAGGAGACAAAUACAUCCCCAAAUUCAAAGAAGACGACACCGUGAUUAUAACUGGUAAACCGUAUGUCUUUGACCGCGUCCUGCCUCCCAAUACAGCCCAGGAGCAGGUCUACGAUGCCUGUGCCAAACAGAUUGUUAAAGACGUCCUUGGAGGAUACAAUGGAACCAUCUUUGCCUAUGGACAGACCUCCUCGGGGAAGACCCACACCAUGGAGGGCAAGCUCCACGACCCCCAGCUGAUGGGCAUCAUCCCACGCAUCUCUCACGACAUCUUCGAUCACAUCUACUCCAUGGACGAGAACCUCGAGUUCCACAUCAAGGUCUCGUAUUUUGAGAUCUACCUGGACAAGAUCCGAGACUUACUAGAUGUGUCGAAGACCAACCUGGCUGUGCAUGAGGACAAGAACAGAGUUCCCUAUGUCAAGGGUUGUACAGAGCGCUUUGUGUCCAGUCCAGAGGAAGUCAUGGAUGUCAUCGAUGAGGGAAAGGCCAACCGGCACGUGGCUGUGACAAACAUGAAUGAGCACAGUUCCAGAAGCCACAGCAUCUUCCUGAUCAACAUCAAACAAGAGAAUGUGGAAACAGAGAAGAAACUGUCAGGGAAGUUAUACCUGGUGGAUCUGGCUGGGAGUGAGAAGGUCAGUAAGACAGGUGCUGAAGGAGCCGUGUUGGACGAAGCUAAAAAUAUCAAUAAGUCCCUCUCUGCUCUGGGGAAUGUCAUCUCUGCUCUGGCUGAGGGGACAAAAACCCACGUCCCGUACAGGGACAGCAAGAUGACCCGUAUCCUGCAGGACUCUCUAGGGGGGAACUGUAGGACCACCAUCAUCAUCUGUGCAUCUCCCUCCAUCUACAACGAGUGUGAGACCAAGUCUACCCUCAUGUUCGGACAGAGAGCCAAGACCAUCAAGAACACCGUGUCUGUGAACCUGGAGCUGACUGCUGAGGAGUGGAAGAACAAGUACAACAAGGAGAAAGACAAGAACAAGAGUCUGAAGAACGUUAUCCACAGGCUGGAGAUGGAACUCAACCGCUGGAGGAACGGUGAGAACGUCCCUGAGGAGGAGCAGCUGAGUGCUAAGGAGCAGAAGCACCUGGAGCCGUGUGACAACACUCCCAUCAUAGAUAACAUGGCUCCAGCUAACGGACUGGUUCUGGUCUCCACCGAGGAGAAGAGCAAGUAUGAGGAGGACAUCAGCAAUCUGUACAAACAACUGGACGACAAGGAUGAUGAGAUCAACCAGCAGAGCCAGCUGGCUGAGAAACUCAAGGAACAGAUGUUAGACCAGGAUGAGCUGCUGGCGUCGACGAGAAGGGACUAUGAGAAGAUCCAUGAGGAUCUGUCUCGUCUGCAGACGGAGAACGAGGCUGCCAAGGAGGAGGUGAAGGAGGUGCUGCAGGCGUUGGAGGAGCUGGCUGUGAACUACGACCAGAAGAGCCAGGAGGUGGAGGACAGGAGCCAGGCCAACCAACAGCUGCAGGAGGAGCUGCAGCAGAGGACUACGGUCCUGUUGUCAGUUCAGAUGGAGCUGACCACGCUCCAGGAGCUCAGUGGACACCAGAAGAAGAGAGCCGCAGAGAUCCUCCACCUGCUGCUCCGAGACCUCAGUGAGAUAGGAGCCACCAUGGGCACCAGCGACAUCAAGGUGAUGGCUGAGGGGAACGGUAACGGUGGAGUGAUUGAGGAAGAGUUCACCAUGACCCGUCUCUACAUCAGUAAGAUGAGGUCAGAGGUCAAGUCUCUGGUGAACCGCUCCAAGCAGCUGGAAAGCUCCCAGGGUGACACCUCACGCAAGAUGGCCGCCAACGAGAAGGAGCUGGCUUCCUGUCAGCUGCUCAUCUCCCAGCACCAGGCCAAGAUCAAGUCCCUGACAGACUACAUGCAGAACAUGGAACAGAAGAAGAGACGGCUGGAGGAGAGUCAGGACGCUCUGACUGAGGAGCUGGCCAAGAUGCACGCUCAGGAGAAAAUGCACGAGGUGUCAGUGGUGGACACGGAGAAGGAGCACGUCAGUAGACUGGAGGGUGAAGAGGAGGUUAAGAAGACUCUAGAACAGCAGAUGGAGGCUCACAGAGAGGCCCACCAGAAGCAGCUGGCCCGACUCAGGGACGAGAUCGAUGUCAAACAGAGGACGCUGGAUGAACUCACAGAUCUGAACCAGGGCCUGAUGCUGGAGCAGAGGAGGCUGAUGUCUGAUCAUGAGAAGCUGAAGGUGGAGGAACAGGAGAAGGACAUGAAGCUCCAGAAGCUGGUCAUCUUCAACGAGCAGAGAGAGCAGGCCAGACAGGACCUCAAGGGACUGGAGGAGACUGUGGCCAAAGAGCUGCAGACUCUUCAUAACCUACGCAGGCUCUUUGUUCAAGACCUCACAACACGCGUCAAGAAGAGUGCAGAGCUGGACUGUGAGGAUGGAGUGGGCAGCGCCGCCCAGAAACAGAAGAUCUCCUUCCUGGAGAAUAACCUGGAGCAACUCACUAAAGUCCACAAGCAGUUGGUGCGUGACAACGCGGACCUGCGCUGCGAGCUUCCCAAGCUGGAGAAGCGUCUGCGGGCCACGGCCGAGCGGGUCAAGGCCCUGGAGAAUGCCCUGAAGGAUGCCAAGGAGAACGCUAUGAGGGACAGGAAACGCUACCAGCUAGAGGUGGACCGCAUCAAGGAGGUCGUCAGGGCCAAGAACAUGGCCAGGAGAGGAAACUCUGCUCAGAUCGCUAAGCCCAUCCGGCCAGGCCAACACCCCCUGUCUUCCCCUACAGUCAUCAGAGGAGGAGGCCUCUACAGCCACAGCUACAACCUCAGCACCAAGUAACCAUGUAGAAUCUAGACCCUGAGUCACGAGUGCAUGUGUGGUAGAUACAGACUGUCCCAUUCCCAGUAAGACCCCUCUGCCCUCAUCCUCCUGUCCUUCCUCUGGGUCUAGGAGUAAGACCCCUCUGUCCUCAUCCUCCUGUCCUGUCCUUCCUCUGGGUCUAGGAGUAAGACCCCUCUGCCCUCAUCCUCCUGUCCUUCCUCUGGGUCUAGGAGUAAGACCCCUCUGCCCUCAUCCUCCUGUCCUUCCUCUGGGUCUAGGAGUAAGACCCCUCUGCCCUCAUCCUCCUGUCCUUCCCCUGGGUCUAGGAGUAAGACCCCUCUGUCCUCAUCCUCCUGUCCUUCUUCUGGGUCUAGGAGUAAGACCCCUCUGUCCUCAUCCUCCUGUCCUUCCUCUGGGUCUAGGAGUAAGACCCCUCUGCCCUCAUCCUCCUGUGCUUCCUCUGGGUCUAGGAGUAAGACCCCUCUGCCCUCAUCCUCCUGUCCUUCCUCUGGGUCUAGGAGUAAGACCCCUCUGCCCUCAUCCUCCUGUCCUUCCUCUGGGUCUAGGAGUAAGACCCCUCUGCCCUCAUCCUCCUGUGCUUCCUCUGGGUCUAGGAGUAAGACCCCUCUGCCCUCAUCCUCCUGUCCUUCCUCUGGGUCUAGGAGUAAGACCCCUCUGCCCUCAUCCUCCUGUCCUUCCUCUGGGUCUAGGAGUAAGACCCCUCUGCCCUCAUCCUCCUGUCCUUCCUCUGGGUCUAGGAGUAAGACCCCUCUGUCCUCAUCCUCCUGUCCUUCCUCUGGGUCUAGGAGUAAGACCCCUCUGCCCUCAUCCUCUUGUCCUUCCUCUGGGUCUAGGAGUAAGACCCCUCUGUCCUCAUCCUCCUGUCCUUCCUCUGGGUCUAGGAGUAAGACCCCUCUGCCCUCAUCCUCCUGUCCUUCCUCUGGGUCUAGGAGUAAGACCCCUCUGCCCUCAUCCUCCUGUCCUUCCUCUGGGUCUAGGAGUAAGACCCCUCUGCCCUCAUCCUCCUGUC